UCCAAUUUCCACAUACAGUACUCACUUUGUUCAGCCAAAUCGACAUCCACCUAGUCUCAUUUUCCAUGGCGCUCGCUCUCUCUCUUUCUCUCAUCUGAAAUUCUGAAUAGCGAAUAAAACUCGCCUCCAGAGAGAGAGAAUUGAGUGAGCCAGCCAUGGAGAACAGACUCUCAGCUUCUCUGGGCCUCCCCUCACCCAAUCGACUGAAGAACCUCACGGUGUUCGAGCGCGCCCUUAUCGGCGCAGGCGGCGGAGGCAUCGCCGGAGCCUUCACCUACUUCUGCCUCCACCCUCUGGACACCAUCAAGACGAAGCUCCAGACCAAAGGCGCCUCAGACAUUUACGCAAACGCCUUCGACGCAGUCCUCAAGACCUUCCAGACCAAGGGCAUCUCGGGAUUUUACAGCGGCAUCUCCGCCGUCAUCGUCGGCUCCACCGGCUCCUCCGCCAUCUACUUCGGCACCUGCGAGCUGGGUAAGUCGGUGCUCUCCAAAUUACCCAACUACCCUCCCGUUCUUAUCCCUCCCACGGCCGGAGCCAUGGGCAAUAUUGUCUCUUCCGCGAUUAUGGUCCCGAAGGAGCUCAUCACGCAGCGAAUGCAAGCCGGGGCCAAAGGGAGGUCGUGGCAGGUGCUGUUGAAGAUCCUGGAAAAAGACGGCGUCUUGGGUCUGUACGCAGGGUACUCUGCGACAUUACUGAGGAACUUGCCUGCGGGUGUCUUGAGCUAUUCUUCGUUCGAGUAUUUGAAAUCUGCGGUUCUGAGCAAGACGAAGCAAACCCAUAUGGAGCCGAUACAGAGCGUGAUCUGUGGGGCAUUGGCCGGUGCAAUAUCGGCCUCCAUUACGACGCCGCUUGAUGUGGUGAAGACGAGGCUGAUGACUGGUGCUGCAAAGAGUGGGGUUUCGGGGACGGUGAAGCAGAUUUUAAUGGAGGAAGGGUGGGUGGGGUUGACGAGAGGAGUUGGGCCUAGAGUUCUUCACAGCGCUUGCUUUUCUGCUUUGGGUUACUUUGCGUUCGAGACUGCCAGGCUUGCCAUUUUGAAUCAGUAUAUUAAGAGGAAGGAGCUGCAAAUGCAAGAAUUGGGUGUUGAUGUUGAUGUUGCUUCCUCCACUUGAUUUCAUGGUUUAAUUUUGGUGAAAUCUUCUCUUUAAUCGCACUCUUUUCAAUUUUUGUUGGAAUUUUUUGUUGGUAUAAUUUAAUUGCCUAAGAGUAAUGAAAAGAAGACUAGAAGUAGAAACCAUUUCAAAUUUCAAUACCUUAUGAUGUAAUAUUUUCCUUCUUUCCCAGAAUAAUAAAGGUAAUGCCUAGUAAUAUGCUUACUUAAAUUACUUUGUA